UUUCCAUCCACAAGGUUUUGCCCUCACCUUCGCAUCUCACCUUCUACGCCUACAUACCUUUCCACGUAUAUCCGACGACGAGACGCUCUGACCUGACAGUCGCCGUUCGACCUCCACGUUCCAACUAUCAGUCAACAGACGCCCCUUGCCAUUUUCAGACGGUGUGGUCAGUCCACCAUCAGCCACUCACCUCGGCGCAAAUCACCUCUUGUCCUUGAUCUUCUACACGUUGCUUUUUCGUCCCUUCCAAGACAGGCUCGUCGCACGACCCAUUCGGGCCUUUGAGCGACUCUGUUCAACCCAGUGCAUCUGCCUGAUUCUUCACCCCGCCGGGACGACUGCUUUGCCGCUGCGCUCAUGCUGACAUUGAUUCCACAGCAGCUGUACAGCCUUCAAUGAAAUCAUCAGAAAAUUGGCGUAGCGUAUUCUUGCUUCCGCAGAGCACCAAGAAGAAAAAGAAGAACAGCAAGGUUAGCACCUCACCAUCGUCACCGAAAAUUUCCUUCCCAGAUCUUCAGUGGGAGCCCAAGACGACGACGACGACGACGGCAGCGGCGGCAGAACGUCGGCACACCAUGUCUGGGCCAAGCCCACGUUCGAUGCUUAACGUCCAGAGCCCCGAUUCCGACGUCUCGCCCAAGUCUCCGAUGCAGCCCUCUGACCAGACAAAAACGGACUACUUCUCCAUCGAGUCUUCUUCGCAGGCGCAGUCGCAGAGGAAAGACGAGGAGACCAAGACCAACGAUGCAGAGCCAUUGAGCCGUGCGACCACACUUUCAAGCUUCGCAAGCCCUUCCCCCCUCGAAAGCGCAACAGGAAGCUUCUCUGCUGAGUCGUCACGGACCGAGUCGUAUGGAGGAAGGCCGAGAGGAUCAUCGAUAGCCUCGCUGAGCUUUGCACCGCUGCGGAACCCGUCGCUGCCGCAGGGCAACCAGAAGAAGACGAACAAGGAGCGUAUCAGGGCUUCAUCGCCACCACCCGAAAGGUAAGGGCACCAUGUCCCGUUCUUAAGUUUUGGCGAUUUCUUUGCCCCAUCUUUGUGGCUCCUUUACCAUGAAGCGUCUGCAAGUAGCAGUUUUGGUCAUGUGGUCUUGUGGUUCGG